AUGGAGCCGCCAUCUCAGCCCUCAGCGGCAGUGCGCUGCGUUCAUGCUCGUUUCGACCCCACUGCGGCGAUCGCAACGUACCGCGUGGAGGAAAUCAUGUCUAUGCCAGCUGAUCAGCUGGCCCGCGUCGCGUGGCCGUUGCUGACGAAUAUGGAGCGCUCGUUGUCCAUGAACGACGUGUACUUCACCCCUUCCAUACGCGUAAGCGCGUCGCCGCGGGCAACAGAAGCCGCCUUUGCUGCCGGAAUUCAGAGCUGCAUGGCGGAGCUGACAGAGAGCCUGUCGCAGACGAACUGCGGUGAGGUGCCGCUGUCCACAGCGCGGCUGCGUGCUGCCGCGCUUGCUUACUUUAUUUCAGCUUUGCCAGCCCCCCGAAAGGUGCUGCAGGCAUCGUCGCCACGCGCUGCCGCCGGUGCUUCCGGCUCCGGCGCGCAUGCGACCGAAGCCGUCGCUCACCACCUGCGCAAUGAGGGACACGCUCCUUUUCCGCCGGCCCUCAGCCUGUCGGCAGAUGUCUUCGAGUUCGCCAUCCAGUCGCUUGGGGACGCGUCGGAAAGGCAACUGCGCGACAUCACAAGCGGUGGAGGGUCUGUGGGAACGCUGCCCCGCACAUCGCGCCCCUAUACGGACACUGGCGGUGGCGCGUCACCUUCGGAAAACGCCUCUGGGACCGCAGCCGGUGCAAGCGCAACAUGUGAGGCUGCUGUGUCGACUCGUGCUGCAUCCAUACAGCUGGGCAGACACAACGACAACGGCACAGCGGAUUCCUUUGGCGGUGCGACCGCCGCGUCGGGAGAGCAGGCGCCAAGCGAUAGCCACUCCAACACAGCGGCCACAGGCGCCGCGGAGAGGGGCAAGCUGACCAGCGCGCGCCCCAGUCGUAGCGGCACCGUAAACUGUGGAAACGAUGAUGUCAACGACCGCGAGUGCUACGAGCGCAAGACCCGCCGAUUUCUUGCGGAACGGAUCGACAUGCAGUGGGAGUCCGUCGUGGCGAGCGUUCUAGUGUCGGACGGAGGCGAGAGCUGCAGCGGCAGUGGUACCACUUCCAUCUUCUCUACAUCGCUGUCGUCGGUGCCGCCGCCCUCAGCGGGGGCCGGGGCCUUGCUGCGUCAGAAGAUGCUGCGCACGGCGGUGAUGCUGUGUAGACGCGCCCCCACGUGUACCGAGGCGGGCCACUCGUUCGCGUGUCUACUGAAGCACUCCUUGCGGGCGGUGUCAGCUACCGACGCUAUCCGAGGCGCGGACGGCGGCGCUGUUUCUGCCCCCGUGUUGCACCCUCCGUCGUGCUUGUCGGCGUACCACCGGCAGCGGUCACCGCUGACGCCGGCGCAGAAAGGGGGUCCUAUCCAGCCCGUCGAGAAGCGGGAGACGCACGGGUUGGUAAAGCAGAGCCUGUCGCCCGCAGCUUCCUCCUUGCAGCCGCAGCACACCUCUGUCGCGCAGCAGCAGGCUGCUCUGUGGGUGGAGUUGGUGCUGCCGUUGCUGCACCUCGUGCCCCUUGUCCAGUGGUCGCCGGAUACACUGACAGAGCUGGGCCAGGUGCUGGAGACGGUGACGGCAACGGCACCUGCCAAACUUGUGGCACUGGCUCAACAGCAGCACCAGCACGGCAAGAGGGCAGGUAGUGGUGGUGCUGCUGGCGGCCACGUCGGAGUUUACCAUCGCCCAUCACAAGGGCGCAAGGGAGGGGCCGCCGUGCCCGCUGCCGCAGCGGCAACUUCCGUCCCGGCAGUGACGAGUGGCGGAGGCGCGGAAGAGGUGGUGAACUUCUCCGUGCGUGUGCCCUUUGAAAUCGGCCUGCCAGUCCCUCCUGUGAUGACCGAGGUCUGCCUCAGCGAUUUGGUGCACGACUCGGGCGGUGCGACAGAGAAGGGUUCCCAUACUGUGCGACGCGGCGCCGGCGAGACCAGCGCCACCGAUCCUGCCGCACUGCUGGCGUACACGAGCGAGAGCGGCCCAAGCACCGAGAACCGCUACCCGUCCUAUCCGUCCUCGGCGUUCCACGAGGUCUCUGACGUCCGCGACAACGACGACCACAUGGGCGCUGCAGCCGUGACAGAGGAGAUGUCGGUGGUGGACGAAGAGGGCGGCGAAGAGGACGAGACCGCAUACACGGACGCCGAGGGCGAGUACGCGUACGACGCAGGCUCCAACGCAUCCACUACCACGAACGCGUCGUCGCAGAGCCGGGCUUCUCGUGCAAGCCCGCUGAGCGCAUCCGCAAGCAGCCACGACGGCGAAGACGCCGAUGGCGCGGGCGGUGCCGGCGGUGUUGGAGAUGGGUCGUUGUUCAACAGCGCGCAUGGAGACUUUGACGCGCUGCCGUGCCGCCGUCGCCGGACGCAGAUGGUGGAGCUGUGUCUGCCAUGCGCCACGCGUGUGUCGGUGCACCUUACCAACGCGGUGCAGUGGGAUCGUGCCUUGCGCGGGGGCGAUGUGCUGCUCUUGCCGCUGGAGAGCGACGCAAACAGCGCAGAGAGCACUUCUUCGGCCCUGGCAGGGUCCUCGACGUCGAGCACGUCACCUGGCGCGACAGAGGCGCUGAAGAGCAGUUCAAACUAUGCCGCUGUUGGCAAGGAGGCCAAGAAGGAUACGCGGCUGCCUUUGUCUCUUCACAGCUUGAAGGAGGAGCACGGCAGUGGCACUCUCACCUACGCUGGCCCGUGCCGUGUCGUAAUCCCGAGCUUGCCGCAGGACCCGGUGUACAUGCUUCCUGGCGAGGUUAGCGCGCAAGUGCAGCUGAUCCUCGACACGCGUUGGAGCACCGAGUGGACGGUGGCUCUUUCCAGUGCGCAGCGCACCGUCGCGGAGCGGCUCUUGGCCUGGAUGGAGCGGCGGGUGCAGGGGAGCGGUGACCAGCAGCAGCCACAACAGCGGCGCAGCCGUAUCGCGAGCUCUCUCCUGCUGCGAGGGGGCUUGAAAAGUGCCACGGGUGGCGGCGCUUCGGCAUCUGGCAGUUCCCAGGCAGCGAUGGCGGACGGCGGUAGCGGCGGUUCCCACGUGUCGAUCGCAGCGAUGACGACUGCAGCCCCGGCCUGCGCUGGUGCGCCUGCAACGGCAGCUGCUGCGCCACUUUCCGAUCCAUUCAUCCAGGCGUUGCACGAAAUGCCGGCAGCAGCGCUGCGGGCGCGGGUGCGGUGCCACGCUGUGCACGUCGACGGCGUCCGCGCCGUGCUUUUGGUUAUUGCCCACAUGCUGCUUCAAGACCGCACCGGGUACCUCCACACGGACCCGCUGACGUGGCAUUCGCCGACCUGGUCGGACGCCGUGCGCCGUGUCAGCCUAGCCAGCACCACCGUCGGCGGUACGAACAGUGGUGAGCACGCUCUGGAAGUUGCCUUGUUCGUUCUGUGCAAUGUCGCGUCUGGUCCCACAGCCGCGACCGUGUCAUCAGCGCAAGUGGUGGAUGCGGCGAUCGACCUGUUCAGCAUUCCUGGGCUCAGCGUGGCGGAUGUGAAAGCGGCGCUGGAGGACCGUCGGCAGCUCGGCAGCACCAUGUGGGUGGUUGUCGACCUUCUUACUAAGUGCUCGGCGACGUGGCGGGCACCCAGGCACGUGGCGCUAGUCAGUGAGGCGGUGCGACGGCUCAUGCUGCUCGGGAGCACCGGGCCUGCGGCCGCGGCACAGAACCACCAUGUGCAUUCGUCGCCGCACCGCCCCACAGGUGCAACCACUGCCGGUGGACUCGCUGGGGCCUCUGCGGCGCCGAUGACUACACCUGGUAGCGCGGCUUCCCCAUCUUUAUUCGCUGCCACCGCCGCCGCCGGCCACUACCUGAGCGUGGUGAGCGGGUGCGGCCGUGUGACCGAGGCAAACCUUCGCCGCGGUGUGCAUGCACUCCUUGCACAGCUUUUUCGGCUGCUGCGUGCUCUGCUGCAUCGCGUCCAGUCAACGCAGGCCGCACCGCAUCGCUUCUUGCUGGAGCCGUGGGAGUAUGGCGCAUUCGCUGCCUUCACAGUGUCGUUGAUGUCGACGCCGAUGGAUGCGGCCGACGUGCAGGCAUGCUCCCCGCACUUUGCAGAGGUGGUGACGGGCUUGCUGCCGUCCUUUACACGCCUGUCCCGCACGGAUUCGCUGGUGCUGACGAGCGAGACGGCAGAGCAGGAGUUCCUGGUGGAAGUACUCAAGUACGUGCGAGGGCGGAUACCGUCAGCGUCGUUGCCGACCGGCAGUGCGGGCUCUGCAGAUGCUGGUGACAGCGCCGAGUUUGGCGAAAGCGAAACGCCGGCUUCGCGUGAGCCGCACAUCCUCCGCCGCUAUCAAGAAACUGCCAGUGGAAACACCGUGACGUAUAUCAGCUCGAUGCCAUCCGUCCUGGGCGAUGGCGGGGGUCUCUGGGACAUCCCGCAGAGCUCCGCGAGCGCGUCGUGGACCCCCGGGCAUGUGCGAGUGGAGCUGUGGAACGGUACGAGCAGGGGUUUUUUUAUCGGGCUCGCCUCCGCCGACGUCCCGCUCGCCAACUGUACACCAGAGACGGACGCCAACGGCAUUUACUUCAUCGGCGAUGGCACCGUGCAGUACGGUGACAUGACGCGCCGUCAGCGUCGUCUGCCUCGCUGGCGCGCUGGCGACGUUGUGGAGCUCAGCUUUGUGUUUGCGCGUGGUGGCUGGGACGUCGUGAUGGCACUCAAUGGCGUGAGCUUGACGCGGCUGACGCUGCCGCGGCGGGACUUCCGCCUCGUGGCGACAAACGUGCGCACCGGCGAGUACGUGCCAGGCCACGGCCACAUGCACGUGCUAUCCGUCACCCCGGUGCACACCAGAGGGGGUAAGGAUAGCGACGCUGCUCGGCGCCGCGGUGUCGGCGGCACAGGCGGCCAUGCGCCCUCAUCAGGCGCUUCAUCGUCGCUGUCGUUGGCAUCGGCGCCGGCUGACGUCCGCCUAUCGCCUUUUGCGCGGUUGACGUUGUUCGGUGUGUCGCUGCUGCUGGAGCUGGUCCUCCACUACCUGGUGCUGCGCAGCUCUCGUCAUGUACGCGCGGCGGCCGCCGCUGCUGGCACUGCUAUCUCCAGCACUGCUGCAGGGUAUGGGGAGGGGUUAAGAAUGGUGCAGGCGUGCACCAUUCCACUACAGCACAGCGUGCAACAGCUAGUGCAGCUGCUGCACGAGCUCGACAGCAGCGGUGCCGGUGGCGCCGACGACGGAGCCAUGUAUCACGUGAAGCACACGGCAGCCAAACACGUUACAAACGCGAUGCUGCUCGACCUUGUUGUCACGCUCUCCAUCGCCGUACCAGCGUCGCCGGCGCUCCUUGCCAUACACAUCGAUGUCCUCACCGCUGUCGCUGAGUGCGCGGCCGUGGCACGCAAGACUCGUUCGGUGGCUUUGAGUGCUCUGUACAACGCCAUCUCGCAGCGUGCUUCCGCCGUCGGCUGUGACCCCACACCCGCCUCGCUGCCUUCGACCUCGGCAGCCACGGCGGCAGCCGCGCCGGUGAGUGCGAGUGCUGUACAGCGUCUCUGGGCCGCCUGUCAUCAGCUCGCCUCCUCCACGCCUGGCUAUCAGCCGCGGUUCAGCAACUCGUCGGUUCCGUCGUCGUGCGUAACUGUGUUUGCGGGUGGGCGUCGGAUUGAGCACAACCAGGCAGGAACCACCAUCGGCAGCGGCGGCGGCGCCGCAUCCAGCAAUGUGCGCAGCAUGUCGUACGCCUGCAAUCCCAUUGAUCUGGCAGACCCGCACACACCCGAUGUCGUGCGCGUGUCGGUGCGACUGCAGCGCGGCUUUCAGUGCGAGACGCUGGGGCGGUACUACUACUUCGGCCUGGCGGAGAUGAACGCGCCGCCGAUGGUCACGCCGCUUGACGGCAACGGCGAGCUCAUCCUCUACCCAGGUGAGCGGUCGAAACAGCGCCGGGUGUACUACAUCUCCGACUACCUGACCGAGGUGCCCGGCACGGCUGUGCAGCGGUGGGACACGGAGCGGGCCGAGAACUAUUUGAACCCUGAUACUGGCAUUCUCUUCGGUUCUGGCGACGUGAUGACGGCUGUGGUGUACGUGAAGGAGCGGUGCAUCGGCUUCGAGCGGAAUGGGCUGCCGCUAAACAUCUUACAUCGCGGGAUCCCCGCCUCUGUGCGGCACAUCUUUCCGUUUGUGGAGCUCUACAACCGCGAUAGUCGGGCAAAGUGGAUGUACCCGCCUGACGAAGCCGUCGUGAGCGCGCGGUACACGAUGCGUGCAAUGCUGCUGUCGUGGAUGCCACUGGUGCUGCCGCUUGUGAAGGAGCACCUGUCCAUCACCGCCGCCGCGGCCUCUGGUGCGCCAGAUCUGGACGUAACUCUGGGCGUUCUGGGUGCGGAUGGAGACGAGAUGCAGAUGGUCUACGUCGCCCCUCCGCAGCUCGACCAGCCUGGCGGUGGUACGACGUCCGUGCAUGUCGAACGCUUCGAGGGCGGCAUGGCUGUCGUCAGCGACGAGGCUGGGUCCAUUCAGCGAGUGUGCGCCGCUGCCUUGGAGCCGGACUCCACAAAGGACGCUUACUCGCUGUCGGCGUUGGCCGCGGUGCGGGCAUGCGUGCAGGCAUGCGUGCCGGAGCUCGCCGCGGUGGCUGCCGAGUGCCUUGCCGGGAUGAAGCGAACCUCAGCAACGCCCUUGGUCACCUCGCCGCGUUCGUUCAGUUAUACGGACGAACACUCGGGUGACGGAGCGCGUCGACACGUCGUGCUCACUCAUCCGGCUACGCUCUUACGCACACUGCGGCUGAUCUUCUCGUUGCAGAGCUCGCUGCCAGGGAAGGGAGGCAACGGCAGCAACGGCCCCAGCAAACCUCUCAGCGCCGACUCCUGUGUAGUCGCAGGCGGCAGUGAUGUCAGUGGACCGGUGAGUGGCAUCCCUACGACGCCGCCCCCGACCACACUUCCAGCCGCGGCGGACAAGGCCAUACACGCUCUCUUGCCCUUGCUGGACGCGGUCUUGCCAGUGACACAGCUGGACCUGCCGCCGCAUGUGUUGCUGCGUGAGUCGUGGAAUGAACUCUGGUGCAACCCCCGCUUGCGCGAGCGACUGCUCAUUCGCGUUCCGCAAGCCAACGCCCCCCAGGCGGAUGCGACGGUCGCGGCGAGCGCGUACACGAAGCCUGCUGGCACGACCACACUCACCAGCGUAAAAAGGUUCGAGGAUCGUCUUGUGGGUCAUCGACGCCGCGGACACGCGCUCUUGUGCCCGACAUGCGGGGAGCGCUGGUCGGCCUGCACGGCACGCCAUUCCGCGCCGUCGAGCUGGUGCGACCUGCUUGCUCGCGUCCUGCGGCGGCUGCAGGAGCAGCUAGCGCAGCCGGAGGACCAGCGCGCCUCGCCGUACUGCAGCUGGUACACAGAAUGGACGGACGGUCCGCUCGCCGCAAUCGGCCAUGCCACCGGCGCUGGAGGGCUGCCGCAAAGCGUGCCUGCCGCCGCCGCCGCCGUGACUGGUGCCGAGAACGAGGUGGGGGCAGGUGGCGAAGGCUAUCACAACCGGACGUCUGCCCAGUCUUCCGAUGCGAUGCUAUGGGAGGAUGCCGAUGAUGAGGACGAUGCGGCCAGCGAGGCGGCGGCAGAUGGUCAUGGCGAGCCAGCUGUGGAGGCCGAGGAGGAGACCAACUCUGGUGACGCGGCAGCGCCGGGAGACGACUACUCGGUGGCCUCCGGCGCUGAGGCGAUGACCAGCGAGCUUGUUGGGUUGCCUCGGGUCGAGGAUAGCGACGAAGACAACCAGGGCGAGGAGGAUGCUGAAGUGUCUGCUCCAGCUGCCACCAGCGCCGCACGCGAGUCCCUUGCUGGCGCCGCAGCAGGUGGGGUGAGGGAUGUGGAGGCGCCGAUGACACUGACGAUUCGCCGCGUGCAAAACGGCGCUACCGAGGAGGACGACCGCGUGUUGGUCGAGGGAUUCGGUGAAACAAAGGAGGCCUCGUUCACCUUCACCGGCUACCUCGUCUCAUCGGCGGUACUGCGUGGGCGGAUGGAGUUCGACCGCAUCGACCUGCCCGACGGUGACGGCCCCGACGACGGGGUCGCCAGCCAAGAGUGGGCCUGCUCCAUGUGCACUUUAAUUAACGAGCCUUCCGCUGUGCGAUGCGCCAUCUGCUCCAACGCGCGUCCAGGAGCGUCGUGGACGUGCCCCAUGUGCAGCUUCGCCUACAAUGCCCUUGCGGCAGCGACGUGCGUGACGUGUGGAUGCAUGCGGCCGAGCAGCGUACGACGGCAGGAAGCGACGGGUCUGUGCUGCUACUGUGCCGAGUGUCAUCAGCGCGAGUACGUCCGAGAUUUUCACGCGCUGCGCCAUCGCCACUUCUGCUCCAGCUGCGCCCGCGUGACGCGGUGGCUUCCGAAGGAUAGGUUCUCCACCACCAUUGAGGCACGCCUCACUGGCGACGGCGCCACCUUGGAGUUCCAGUGGGCGCUGGACGGCUCCAAGAUAAUCUGCUUCGGCCUGCAAAACCGCGCGUACAACGCUGACGUCUUGUGGGGACUUGUCGAGGCGGCAGCCCAGCAGAUUGGGUCGUGCGCCGCUGCGGAGGUGGGCCGCUAUGUCUCUCCUAUCCCAGAGCGUCCGCUCACCGCGCAUCUGGCGAAGCCGCAAGAGCGCCAAACUGCAUCGGCGGUACCGGCACCUGUAGAGCCGUGCAUGGUCGGCGCCAUCGUCCACUACGCGAGUGCCAUCGUUCUUCGCUACGCGGCCUUGCUGCCAUCCAGCCAGCUGUCUCAACCAGACUUCUUGCGUCGCAUUCACGUCUGCUCAACGGACUGGCUGGAGAGCUGGAGCCAGUUCCCGGCGUCCACCGUCACUCCCAUCUUUUUCCAGUGCCUGCAGAUGCUGCAGGAUGGUAUCCGUGAACCGGAGUUAGUGUCCACCAUCGCAAGCGUCGCACUCGCGUUGAUCCGGCAACAGCCACUCGAACUCGCGGCUGAGAAAGACGCGCUACUCUACGCGCUGUGCCUGAACGUUGUGCGACACGGCGACACGGCGCAGCGUAAGGCCAGCUACGAGUGCCUGAGCGCCUUGAUGGAGGAAAACGCGUGCGCCCGCUUGAACGUGCAGCCGCUGGUGCCAGUGCUGUCGAUGGAACCCCUUGUGGAGGGCCAACAGCGGGCGACCGUCCUGGCACUUCUUCAUCGCGCGUCUAUGCGAACCACUUCAGCAAUUGCGAAGGCCAGCGCGUGCCUGGCACGCGCUGUGGUCGCGAUGGAGCAGCGGCGCCCCCUGCCGCCGAUGCUGGGCAAGCCGUUUCCGCACGUGGUGGCUUUGACGGAGACGCGCCUCAACGAGGCUGGGGAGCUGCUUGUGGGUCAGGUGCGCGGCAGUGUUGGCGUGGCGCCGACGAAAGGUGGAAAGUUCUACUACGAGGUGGAGGUGCCGCCGGAUUUCGCCGACCGAUCGAGGACUGUGGUAAUGGGGUGGGGUACGCUGGAGCACGAGCGCAUCGCCUCGGCGCAGCACGUCGGGUCAGACCUACACUCCUGGGGAUACAACUGUCGCGAGCACCUGCGCUUGAUGAUGACGGAGCAGGCAAUGCCCGUGCCGCGACGCCCGAGCGCCGGCGACGUUAUCGGGUCCAUGAUGGACCUGGAGACGAUGAUGGUGUGUUGGACCAUCAACGGACAGGAAAUAUCAUGGGUAUCGGUGCCGGCUCAGGGCGACGGGGAGGAGAUCUACCCAUACGUGAGCGCCUCAGUUGAGCCGCACAGCCUCAAGAUCCGCCUGGGCAACACGCAGUUCAAGCCCCCCGGCUAUCAAGACUACUCGCCGCCGUCAGACAAGCAACUGUGGGGCAGAGACGAUGAGAAAGGCGACGGCGGAAACGACGCGAGCGACGCGCAGGUCAGCGUGGCCGCUGCUCUCCCGCAGACGUACGAGUUUUAUCAGCAACUCAGUCGUGCUCUGGAGGAGGCCUCCAUCACGUCCCUCAGGGAGUCGUCUGUGCUGCCGCUGCUCGACGCGGCUAGGGCGCACAGCGUACUUCGCCAAUACCCACUCUUGAUGGCAGCGGUCGGCUCGGCCACUGUCGGCGACCGCGAAGGGCGCUUGGCAGCACCGGUGAACAUACACGGCUUGCUUCCAUACAUUCAGCAGCUGCGCUGCGUCCAGGAACUGACCAUUAUCGUUGCACGCCACCUGUGGCUCAUCGAGAAGUCGCCCUACCUCAUGUCGUGCUACCGCAAGGCAACAGACCUGCUCUUCAGCAGCGGCCGCUGGACCAUUUUCGAACUCCAGCCAGGCGGCAGACCCAAGUACAACGGCGGGCACGCGCUCCGUGUGCUCGUGUCGCUGUGCAAAGCAAACCAGGUGCGCGCCGAAGCAGACGCGGCGUGGAUAGAAGAGCACUCGGCGCUGCUGCCGUCUCCCUCAUCCGCGCUGUCGCCGCUAUCGCCUCCCUCUCGCCAAAACGCUCACGCUGGCACGGCCGCCGUCUUGGCGGCCGUGCCGCCGCUGGUAGACGGCACUCGCCAGACAGGUGAAGCGGCGGUGGCGCGGUUUCCAUUUGCAGAGGAGCCGCCGGCUGCCUUCCCCCACGACGUCCACGACGCCGAUGAGGACGACUACGCGGAAGACGACACGGAGGAUUUAGUGAGUGCCAUGGAGGACGAGGAUGAGGACGCCGAGGAAGACGAGGGGGACGUGCUGUCGAUGCACGCCGUCAACUCCGGCAACGAGCCGCGCAACAGCCUGCGCGACAUUUUCGGCGAUGCCUCCUCCUUGUCGCCGGAGGAGCGACGACUCCGUUGCAGCGUAACUGGGCAGCUUUUCACACAGCUGGAGAAGACGCGCGUGUACCAGCGAGCACGCAUGUUUGCGGUGCAGCUAGAGGGCACACUCGCGCUGGACGCUGGCGGCGUAACGCGCACCAUCAUGAGCAUGAUCGGGGACGAGGUGAGCUACCGCUUUAUCCGUGGGGUGCGCGUGGAUCCGCUGCUGCCACUUUUUCAGCUGUGCAGCCACAGCACCAUGUUCACGGUCGUCCCGAACAUGUCCGCGCUGUACGCGAGCGAGGCGGCCGACGACGGCGCCGAGGGCAGUGUGCUGCGUCGCAUGUUCGAGUGGCUUGGCAAGAUCAUGGGCAACAUGGUGCUGUGCGGCACGCUGAAGGCGUCGUUUGACUUUCCUCAGAUGCUGUGGAAGACGCUGACAUUCCAGGAGGACACGAUAACGCUGGCCGACUACGCGCACGACAUAGACGACAACAUCAUAGCCACGCUCGAGGACGAGGAGUUCGUGCUCAGUGAUGACUUCUUUGCGUCCCUGCCGGAGCACGUGCGGGCGAGCCCGGCGCUGCUGCGCAGCCUGCAAGGCAGCGGCGCCGGUGCAAUGGACGGCACCGCCGCACCGUUUGCCGCCCGUCCGCUGCGGCCAUACGCCUGCAUGACCCCGGGGGUGAGCAUGCAUGACAUGAGCCACCUGAUACUGGAGGAGCUGGAGGAUAUGGCUGCCAGCGCGGAGGCGGCAGAGGUGAACCGGCGCCGCGCCCUCGCCCAGGAGGCGCUGCUCCAUCAGUACGACCCCGCGUUCUUGGCAAUUCGUGCUGGUCUGACCUCUGUUGUUCCCGCCACAUCGUUGCGCUCCGUGCGGUGGGAGGACCUACGCGCGCGUGUAUGCGGCACCGGUGCCGCCUCGAGCGAGCACGUCAUCGCGGAGCUGGACAUGUCGCCGCUCUCUCUGUCCAUGCGCGCCAUGCUGACAGAGGUGCUGAACGGCUUCACCGAGUCGCAGCUGGCGCGCUUCCUGCUUUUCUGCUCUGGCCAGAGCCGCAUCCCGCUGCCGGAGAAGGUGUUGGUGGAGUGCGGGGACGAGCCAGGGCGGCUGCCGACGGCGCACACCUGCUUUCCCAUUUCGCUGCUGCUACAACCAUGCACAGAAGCCGCGGACUUGCAACGCAGUCUGGAGACGUGCCUCACCCACGCGGCGGAGUUCGGCUUUGUGUAG